UUACAAUGAGCCAGUCCUCCUAUAGCUCCUCCGACCAGCCUCCUCUGGUGUAGCUGCAAAGGCUUCAAUGUGGGCACAAUCAGAAUGUUGAUAAGACCAGGACAAAUGAAGCAUGUUAGCUUCAUAGCCUCAGAUGUAAACGAGGCUUUUGGCUACGCACGGGCACAGAUGACAACGUCCGGAGUCUGAGCGCACUCCCAUUGGCUAAGCGAGCGCAACGUGUACAUUACAGCAGCGACAGGUACCUCACAUGCGACAGUUAUCUUUCAUCCUUGGAGCAGAACGACAGACGCUUCUUCCACUCAACCGAAACUUUAAUUCUGAGGAUAUUAUUGAUGUUUCACGGUGAAAACUAUUCUUCUACAUACACAGGCAUCUUACUUUCAUUUUUAAAGUGUGAGGAAGAGGGGUCACUGAAUCAGGCUGAAGGAUGAAGUCUAAAGGGAAGGCCGCUAAGUCAUCCAGAAAACCCUGGACUGAGCCAGACCCCGAACCAGAGACCAGUGACACCAGUGAACCAGGCUCUAGCGAACAGGAGGGCUCUGAGGCUUCGGUCCAUAUCGGAGGCUCCUGGAGGGGGGUCCUGAGGGGCGGGGACCGCGAGCAAGGUAGAGGAGGAGGGGGUGCCACCCACAACCCCCACAGACGCCAACGGUCUCACAACAGCAACAAAGAACGCAACGUCCGGCGGCUGGAGAGCAACGAGCGAGAGCGCCAGCGCAUGCACAAACUUAACAACGCUUUCCAGGCCCUCAGAGAGGCCAUCCCGCAUGUCAAAAUGGAUAAGAAGCUCUCCAAGAUCGAGACGCUGACGCUGGCCGAGAACUACAUCAAGUCCCUGACCACCAUCAUCCUGGGGAUGUCCAGCGCCCGCCUGCCCCCCGGGGAGACACCGACAGAGGCUAGCGCUGCCAGACUGCUCCAGUGUUACCAGCAGCACCUGGAGGAGGAUGGGGAGGAGAGCCUGUCUCAGUUCCUCACCCAGAUUCACAGCUUUAGCCAGGAAAGCUAACAGCUAGCAGGUGCUAACUCAACAGCCGAAGGGUUGGAGCAUUCAUGCUUGACUUGGGGAGCGAAUCUCAACUGACACUAUCUCCCAUAUUGUGCACUGCUACUGUACUUAUGACCGAAAGUAGUACACUGUAUGGGGAAAGAUUGUCAUCUGAGAUGCAGCCUUAUACUCCACCAAGCUAGUGAGCUAUAGUGACAUACCUGACAUCACCAUGCACUAAAUGGAGCAUAUAAGAACUUGACUCAGUAACUCUAUUAGACAGUGGUUGGGAGGUGAUUCUUAGCACCAUACCCUUGACAUUAAUUCUAAGAGAACAUAAUGGUGGAGUAUAAGUGAAGACACAGACAGCAUCCUCCCACCUGACUUGGCUGGCUGAAGCAAAGCACCUGUGGACUUUGCCAGUCUAGACAUAGGCCUAGCAUGAAUAGUGACAGACAGAAUACCCAGAGGACCACGAUAAAACAUAUGACUUGGAUUCUGACUCUUGAUUGGUGGUGAGAACCAAGAGUGGACAGACUUCUGACCGACCAACGUCAAAGAACAAUUCAGCACCAUUUUAUUUAAUCUGUUUCCUUUCAUUGUCUUUUAUUUUCACUCAUUUUUUCUAACUGCUGAUUACUGUAGUUAAUUGGUCAACAAUGUAAAAUAACUGAUUGUCAAAGUAUAGUUCAUUCUCUAACUAAAAACCAGCAUACACUGUGGCCCUCAGGGGCCACAAGCUGUGUAGAUAGGACAGGCCACCCCUGCUGUAGAUGAAGACUUGUUUUCAACCUUUUAGGACCAACGUUUGGUUUUCCCUGCUGAGCAUUGCCUCUGGACACAACAGUCACAUACAGGACAAGGAUAUGCUUAAAUAGACUGGUCCUACAGAAUUUAGUCAAAUACUGUACUCUUUAAGUAAGGAAACGAAAACACACCAUAAUUUAAAUGAAGUGCGAAUCGUUAUGACUGUAGAUAUAUGUAUACAUGUGGGAAAAACAGUUUGAAGGGUUGAAGCAGGGAAUUGAACCCAUGCCUUUGGUGGGGAAGCCGGCAGUUACCACUAGACCCACAGGCUCUGCAGAGAUAUAUAUUUGUACAUGUCAGAAUUGAUGUGUUGACCAAGUGCUCUCUAUGACAUCAUCUCCAAACUGCAAUGGUAUCUUGCAAGUGUAUUUACAGAGCUGUAAAAGGGUCCUUCCAACGGCAGGAUAGUGGGUUCGAUUCCCGGGAACACGUGUAUGAAAAAAUGUAUGGAUGCAUGACAGUAAGUCACUUUGGAUAAAAGUGUCUGGGUUAUUAUAUAAAAAUAGUGGUGUGGUGUGUGUGUAACAGGUGAAUUUGAUAAUGAAGACAUCAUUUAUGUUGCUCUUACAAUGUGUGUUUGAAUUAUACUGUAAUAUCUUUGUAGCCUGAGUUCCGAGUCUUGGAUCAUGAGAAUAAAAAAAAUACAAUAAUCUUCCUUAUCAAUAAUCACAUUUAUUGAGAGGACAUUGACCAUGCACACUAUCGGAAGGAAGAAACAUACACAUCAAUAACAGCCUUGUUGGGAUUAGAAUAGUACCUGAUUAUAGUAUUUUAAUUGACAUUAUAAUCAAUAAAAACAAUGGAAUCAUUGUUUAAACGGACAAGUCCUCCUCUAGACACUUAAAGCUUGGAAGGUGAAGGGGUGCACCACAGCAUGACAGGCAUGUGCCACUCCUUUUGGAUGAAGCCUGUACAGUUCUAAACAGUAGUAAGUGAAACAUUAUCGAAAAACGCCCUCUUUGUAUUAGGAACUGCCAUGGGAAGAUAAAGUGAGAGUUUUCACAGACAGUUUUCUGUACAAUCAAUUAUUUGUAGUUCCAGUAUAUCAGUGAUAGCUAUUGGCUUAUGGUUUCCAUGUAGAGAAGUAAGAUCAAUUAAUGCCCAAAUGUGCUAGUUUCAGCUUUUGUGGUUUAUGGAUAAUAGUUCAUAGGACUAAUAUUUUACCUUUUUAUAUACCAACGUACAAUAACCAACCUUGAAAUAUCCCCAUUAAAACAUUUAUACUAAACUCAUAUACAGAUUUAUAACAAAAAUAUGUAUUUGUUCUUUCCACCAAACCUUUCACGUGUGUUGCCUGUCAGUCAUUACUGCUACAAUCGUAGAAGGUCAAAAACAUGCCAAUAAUAGCGUUUAGGAGAACUCUUAUUUUCCUGAGAAAUAAACAGAUAAACUUUAAAGCCCCGCAAAGACAUCACUUUCCAAGCAAUUCACACUUUGGUCCAGUGUAGAACUACACAUUGCACAUUUUUCAUGAAAAGAAGAAUUAUAUACAUUCUUUUCGA